ACCGGGUAUUACAAUUACAGUUACAGUUACAGACCCAACUACCACGGUCUGCGACUGUCACUGAUAAAUCCUCAAAACUCAGUUAUGGCUAUCACCACCUUAUUCUACCCUCCAAAACUCAGCUUUCCUCACAGACCCACAAGACAAGUUUCUUCUUCUACCCCACAUUCAAAGACCCAAACCCAAGUUCAGACCCGCACCCGGAAUUCCAUCAAUCACGGUACCAUCCAGAACCCGAAGACCACCAUGGCUGCUGCUCUGUUAGGAGCUGGUUUGACCUUGACCCUGGUGGGACCCACCUCAGCUGCGGAGUUACCGUCCUUGCUGCUGCUGGGUUCUACUUCUCUGCAACUCAGUGAGCCCACCAAUGCUCUGUCCUUGCCCACCUGGGCUAUACACGUGUCCAGUGUGGUUGAAUGGAUUACAGCAAUGGCUUUGGUGUGGCAAUAUGGGGAGCAAUCUGGGUAUGAGUCUUGGAAAGGACUCUCCUGGGGUAUGGUACCCCUUCUUGGUGGAGCAUUUUGUGCAUGCACUUGGCAUUUCUUUUAUAAUUCUGAGUCUCUUGAGGUAUUAGUGGCUCUUCAGGCAGCACUAACAGUAAUAGGUAAUGCCACGAUGUGUAUCGCUGCCUACCGCAUAUACAAAUCAUCAGAGAAAAGCUCCAAGAGUCUCUGAUGUCUCUCUACCUGCACAUAAUAAAUCUCUCACUGUGUUCUGCCUUCCGGGUUGGUAAUAUUACUCUUCUUCAAGGGCAUUUAUCUGGUAAAUAGAUGUGCUAAGAGAAAAGGACCAAUCUAUAGAACUAGUAAUAGUAGUCUUCUUCUGGAUGUGUUGCAUGUGUGUCAGGAAACUGGACACGAAAUGCUGGAAGCUUCCACAUUCAUGAUGAGAUCAGAUUGACUUAAAUAAAAUUAUGGAUAUAAGAGGUUUUUCCAAAGUUGGAAUGAGUCUCACGGGGCCAGCAUAUUUUCAGCCAAUCUCUAAUUUUUUGGAGCUGAAUCUAUGAUCAUGUAAGUUCUCCCUAUUGUGCCUGGUGAGUUUUGUCAACCAAGUGGAUUGACCUAAGCCUCUCUAGUUGGAUUAACAUGUAUAUGUAUACAAAUUUUUUUUUCAAAGUCUAAACUAAUCAUUAUAGAAUCGCCGCAUCUGUAGACUUUCAAAAUUUUACUAUAUAUGUUUUUUGGGUAAGCUGGUUUA